CGGACCCCUUUUACUUUAGAGACGCUGAAAAAGUUGAAUGUGUUUCUGUUAAAGUUUUCCGCGUGCACCUCUCUGUUUGGAACUGUAUUUUUUAUUUUCUGCAUUAAUGUGAAGUAGGAACUGGCGCUCAGACCACAGGGACCAGGUGAGUUGCCAUUCAGGAGUUCCGGGUGCAUACCUACAUCAUUACAACACCAAUCUGAGGCAGUGGAGAAAGAUCACAGGUAGCACACGCCCUAAGUGGCGGCUGAGAUGACACGCCCCCAUCAGAUUGCCCGGGACCUUUUGUUGUUGGUUUUCUUAGGAUUUACAACAAUACAACCAGCAUUAGGGGGGGACAAGACAGAAGAGUGCGACGGUCGAGACUGCAGUGUCUGCCGGUGUUUCCCUGUCAAAGGAGACAUGGGGUCUCCUGGUCCAUUAGGUCAGCAGGGUCCCCAGGGGCCCAGAGGUUUACCUGGCAUCCCAGGACUUCCUGGUGAGAAGGGUCUACGAGGAACCAUAGGAUUCCCUGGGGUGUCUGGCCGGAAAGGAGAUCAGGGCAUCAAAGGAUCUAGCGGCCAUGAAGGAUUAGAUGGAGUGCCAGGUCAUCCGGGGCCAGGUGGUCUUUCUGGAUUUCCAGGGAAGGACGGUUGUAACGGAACCAGAGGAGAUCGCGGGCUGGAUGGUGAGCUAGGGCAACCCGGCCCCCCAGGACCUGUGGGACUACCUGGGAUAAAAGGAGCCAAAGGAGACCCAGCUAAUAAAAUUACUUUCAUUGCCGGAAAUCCUGGUGUCGAUGGACUUCCAGGAACACGUGGCCCACAAGGACCUUAUGGGGUCUUUGGCCUGCCCGGUCCACCAGGACAAGCGGGAGCUGAAGGAUUUUUGGGCAUACCAGGAUCACCUGGUCCAAGAGGCCCACCGGGAGAUCCAGGAAGAUCAUUACCUGGAAUGAAAGGAGAAGAGGGGGAGCAGGGUCCUCAAGGGCAACCAGGACCUUUUGAAUAUGUGGAACCCAGCCCAGAAUCCUCAAAAUUAAAAAGAGAUAAGGGAGAAAAAGGGCAAAAAGGAGGUUGUGGAGUAUCUGGCCCGGAUGGUCCUGAUGGGCGUCAAGCAGAAAAAGGAGAGAAAGGAGUUAUUGGUUUGCCUGGACCCAAAGGGUUGAUUGGUGUUCCAGGCCGAAUAGGCAUUCGAGGAACUAAGGGUGAACGUGGGGAAAAUGGUCUCCCUGGUCUUUUUGGCAACACAGGACCAAAGGGUUACACAGGAGACCCCGGACCUAAAGGAAAGCAGGAGUUCUAUAACCAACAUGUGACAGGACUGCCUGGAGAUCCAGGGCUCCCUGGUGCAUCUGGAUCACCUGGUGACAGUGGAAUGAUAGGUAUUCCUGGACCCCCUGGUGAUCAAGGACCAUCAAUAAUAGGUGCUGAGGGUGAAUAUGGUCUCCAGGGUUCACCUGGAAUCAGAGGAGAAAAAGGCAACCCAGGAAGAACACAAACUGCCAAUAUUUAUGACUCUGUUGGGGAACCUGGGAAAUUGGGCCCUCUGGGGCCUAAAGGAGAACAAGGAAAUCCUGGCUCUCCCGGUUACUACUGCCUUCCUGGUGAGCGUGGGGAACUUGGAAAUGUUGGACAAAGGGGGCCUCCUGGAAUACAAGGUGUCCAGGGUUGGAAAGGUACUGAUGGGGCCUGUGCAUGUGAACCUUCUGGUGACCUACCUGGCAGGCCUGGCAUUCCAGGAAAUCCAGGUGACCCAGGUGAUCCUGGGAGAAAGGGGAGCCCGGGUCCCACUGGUGAUGUCGGUUCUUCUGGAGACAGAGGUGCAGGCGGUGUAACUGGCCCCAGAGGCUUCACAGGAGUCAAAGGAAUUAAAGGAGAGAAAGGAGAUUUUACAAUUUUAAGCAUGAAGGGGGAGAAGGGAAAAAGGGGACCUAGUGGACCAUUCGGGCCACCAGGAGACAAUGGCAGAGGAGGGGAUGAUGGGAAGAUGGGCAUACCUGGAGAUCCUGGACCUCUGGGAGAUAGUCUUGUUGGCCUGCAAGGUGAUAGGGGUUGUCAAGGAAGCGUUGGUGCAAAGGGCUUCAGAGGUCCAAAGGGGCCUCCUGGCCCAUAUAUAAUGGGGGCCAUUGGGCAACGGGGGCAACCAGGAGACUCGGGGCCCCAAGGCCAAACAGGACCCCCUGGCCCCAAAGGGCUCCAAGGUGAAACUCUGCGCUGUGCGUCUGUCACUCUUGGGCCAUCUGGAUUCAGAGGACGGCCUGGUUUUUCAGGUGAGAAAGGGAAGGAUGGAAAUCCAGGAUACAGAGGGCGAGUUGGACCAGAUGGCCCCAAGGGAGAGAAAGGUGACGCUGGUGAUAAUGGAUGUACCGGACACAGAGGCCCAGAUGGAUACCAAGGAGAUCCUGGUGGUACUGGUUCUGAUGGCGACAGUUUUGAUGGUGCACCUGGCACACCUGGUAUCCGCGGAUCAGAGGGUCUGAAAGGGUCUUUUGGAGACUCUGUUGUCGGGGAUCCAGGACUAAUUGGGUCUUCUGGGCUUGAGGGAUGCCCCGGCCCUAAAGGUGUCCCAGGACCCCCUGGACCAAUUGGAAUACAAGGUGCAUCUGGUGUUCCUGGUCUUCCUGGUAGAAAAGGGGAAAAGGGUGCAAAUGGUAUGUCGGGACAACCUGGUUGCCCAGGAAGGAGACCGGAUCAGUGUGGUAGAGGAGAGCCUGGUCUACCUGGCUGCUCAGGACCACCUGGCUUCACUGGACAGCGAGGCCCCCCUGGAGAGAAAGGGUCACUUGGGGAACUAGGACUUCCAGGGAUAGGAGCCAAAGGAGCCCCUGGUAAGCCUGGUAUCCCUGGCAAUCAAGGAACUCCAGGCCUUCAGGGGCCUCCAGGAGCCAGAGGGGAGAAUGGAAUUCAUGGAUGUAAUGGCCCGAAGGGUUUCCCUGGAUUUCCUGGACAAGUUGGCUGUACUGGCAGCUCAGGGCGGACUGGCCCACCAGGGGCUCCUGGUCUGAAAGGCACACAGGGUCUCGAUGGGCAUCCAGGUUUCCCAGGCGAAAAAGGAUGCAGUGGCCAGAAAGGAUGCAUUGGGCCUACAGGACCUCCCGGAGACACAAAUACAGUCCCAUUGAAAGGCCAGAUGGGGGCACCUGGACCUUAUGGAGAAACUGGUUUUACUGGAGCAAGGGGUAAUAAGGGUGCACCAGGACCUCCUGGCCAGCCAGGUUAUCCAGGACUAAAUGGACCUCCAGGGUUUGAAAGUGGCUGUCGUGGACCCCCAGGUACCCCUGGACAGCCAGGUGAGCCUGGAACAUGUGGGCAGCCUGGGCCAAGGGGCGUUGUGGGAAUCCCUGGUGACAAUGGUGAUCCAGGUGACCCUGGAUUGACUGGUAGUUCUGGAAUGCCUGGUUGCCCUGGAUUUGAUGGUCCUAAAGGUGAUAAAGGUGACUCUAUCAGUGAGCCAGGCAGAAAUGGUGCGAGAGGGCAGUGUGGAGAAAAUGGCUUGUCAGCUCUGCCUGGUGAUAGGGGAAACCUGGGUGACCCCGGCCCUCAAGGGCCAUGUGGGCCCUUUGGUUUAUCUGGUCCAUCUGGGUGUGUGGGUGUAAAUGGACCCCCAGGAGUCAGUGGGCCCCAAGGUCCAUGUGGAAGGCAUGGUUCAGAGGGCCCUCCAGGUCCACCUGGUCAACAAGGCCAUAAAGGAAACAUAGGAAGUACUGGACUUAGAGGGCCUUCGGGACCCCCAGGGCUCCAUGGACUGAAUGGCCUAAAGGGCGUCAAGGGUGAAAUGGGGUCACGAGGUCUGGGUUUAAACGGUGAUGGAGGAGCUCAAGGACCGACAGGAGAGAAGGGCGUUCAAGGAGACCCAGGGUUGCAAGGGACAUCACAAACAGGUGUCCGAGGUCCAAAAGGACAGCAGGGUGCACAAGGAGACUCUGGUUUAAUCGGUCCUCCAGGACUUCGUGGUGCAGACUGCAGGGAUGGUAAACUUGGACAGCUUGGAGAACAGGGUUACCCUGGAACAGAUGGACAACCAGGCCCAGAGGGAGAGGUGGGAGAACCAGGUAUUUUAUUCACACUUCCUGGUGAUGAAGGCGAGAAUGGCUAUCCUGGGUUACCAGGAUACAAAGGAGAAAAAGGGAACCCUGGAGUCAAGGGCCAACCUGGAAAUCAGGGCCCAGAAGGCCCAAAAGGUGAAAAAGGACAAUAUGGACCCAAUGGCCUUGCAGGAUCCUUUGGCCCCAUGGGUGAAUGUGGCCCCCAGGGACCCUAUGGUGCUAAAGGAGAGAGAGGAGAUACAGGUCAGAUGGGUGAACCUGGCACUCUCAAACCUGCAAAUAUUCAAUCUAUACCUCAACAGGGACCCACUGGUCCUUGUGGUCCUGCUGGCUUGACUGGUAUUGAGGGUGUGGCUGGACUCAGUGGCAGAGAGGGUCCAAAAGGUAUGAAAGGACCAGUAGGAGAUGUGGGAUUCAUUGGACAAACUGGUCCACCAGGAUUAGAUGGACCUCCUGGAAACCCUGGAGAUGAUGGCCUGAGAGGACCACCAGGCUUUCAGGGAUCCCAGGGAUCUCCUGGUGAACAGGGUCCUCCUGGAACUGGUGAGAGGUUUACUUCGGGAUUCCUUUUGGUAAUGCAUAGCCAGUCUGAAGCAGUGCCUGCUUGUCCCCAGGGCCUGACCCAGCUUUGGGAGGGCUACAGCCUGCUUUAUCUAGAGGGUCAAGAGAGAGCACACACACAAGACCUGGGUCAGGCAGGUUCAUGUUUGCGUAUGUUCAGCACCAUGCCCUUCACCUGCUGUAAUAUGGAAAAUUGCGACUACGCUAGCCGCAAUGACAAAUCUUAUUGGCUGUCUACCACUGCCUCGAUUCCUAUGAUGCCUCUGAAGGGGCCAGAAAUUCAGCCAUACAUCAGCAGGUGUGUGGUGUGUGAGGCUCCAUCACCAGCCAUUGCAAUACACAGUCAAGAGACAUCUGCACCACAGUGUCCACACAGUUGGAGAAGUCUUUGGACUGGAUAUUCAUUCCUGAUGCACACAGGAUCAGGGGACGAGGGAGGCGGACAGUCUCUGACAUCAACAGGAAGCUGCUUGCGGGACUUUCGCAGUCAGCCAUUUGUGGAGUGUCAAGGACCGCGUGGCACAUGCCAUUAUUUUGCCACCAUCUACAGCUUCUGGCUGACUAGAGUGAGCGUGCAUCACUUUAACCCGAGCCCUCCCAGUACUACACUAAACAGCGAACAGCAGCAGCGCAGCAGCGUCAGCCAAUGCAAUGUCUGCAUGAGGGACUGAAUUCACUCACAUUUUCUAGAAAACUGCACUGAGAAUGCACAUCAGUAGGUCACCAGAGUGGAAGUGAGUCCAGAUGCUUUUGGUCACUUGAGAGGGGCAAACAAAAAGACUUUUUUGAACUACAGUCUGUGAACUUUGCAGAUACUUUUUAUUCCGUCACAGCUCAAUUAAACACAUUUUCCUUUAAAAGAAUAGUUCACCCAAAAAUGAAAAUCAUGUAAUUCUUUACUCAGUCUCAUGUCGCUCUGAACCCGUAUGACUGUUGUUGUUUUGCGGAACAGAAAAGGAGAAUGUUUAAUGAAGAUAUCGGUCCGUCAAUACAAUGGCAGUGGAUAGUGAUUCAUUUUUAAGCUUCAAAUUGGACGCAAAAGUGUCAUAAACGUAGUCCAUGCAACUCAUGAGUCAAAUACUAAAUCUUCUGAAAGCAUACGAUAGGUUUUAUUGAAAAACAACACAACUAUGUUUGAGGUCUGUUGCAUGAUUAUGAGCACUACGACGAGGGAAGCUCAUUCACGUUGGCAUGCAUGUUCUUGCAAAAACUUGCAUUGUUUGGCAUUAAAAAGAAAGUCAUAUGGGUUUGGAGUAAAUUAUGACAGAAAUGUUAUUUUAUGGGUGAACUAUUCCUUUUUUCUUUACGUAAUGCACCUUUGGUUUCAUUAUGUUUGGUGCUAAAAAAAACAAAAACCAUUUGCACAAAUGUCUUUGCCAAUCUUAAUUUCCCCCUCUUUCCCAGGACAGCACCAAAAAAGUAUUUAUUUCACUUACGUUUUGUCUACACAUCAAGGCAUUAUCAGCGCAAUCUUUUAAUGAUAGUUUUGGUAUAUGGUACCAUUUUUAACCAAAACAAAGCAUUAAUUCUAAACCUGAACAUUAACUUAAUUGGAAACACUUUACAAUAAGGUUCCAUUUGUUAACAUUAAUUAACAACAUUAGUUAACAUUAACUAACAAUGAACGAUACUUUUACAGCAUUCAUUAAUCUUGGUAAAUGUUCAUUUUUAACUUUUAGUAAUACAUUUUUAAAAUCAAAAGUUGUAUAUGUUAACAUUUGUGAAUGCACUAUGAACUUAACAAUGAACAAUUGUAUUGCAUUUACACUCCCUCAUGCCAUAACAGAUGUUUACAGGGCUGGACUGGGAAAUAAAUCGGCCCAGUAUUUUACAUGGCAACUGGUCAUCAUUUUAGCUUAUCGCAGGCCAUUCGGCCCGUUUCCUGGUCGACCCAACGGCCCACUCGGCUCUCUCGAUGGCCAGUCCACCCAUGACCGGCCCCCUCCUGGAUACCGGGAAAAUGCCCGGUAUGCCAGAUUACCAGUCCAGCCCUGGAUGUGUAUGACUUUCUUUCAUCUGCUGAACACAAACGUAGAUUAUUUGAAUAAUAUUUCUGCUCUGUAGGCCCAUACAAUGCAAGUGAAUGGUGACCAGCCCUUUGAAGGUCCAAAAAAGAACAUAAAGGCAGCAUAAAGUAAUCCCCACAGUUAAAUCCAUAUCUUCAGAAGCAAUAUGAUAUGUGUGGCUGAGAAACAGAUCAAUAUUUAAGUCGUUUUUUGCCAUAAAUACUCCUCCCUUCUAAGUAGGUGGCGAUAUGCACAAAGAAUGCAAAUCACCAAAAACAAAAGAAGAAUGUGAUGUGAGAGUGAAAGUGAAUGUGGAGAUUUAUAAUAAAAAAGGAAUAAAAUAUUGAUCUGUUUCACCCACACCUAUCAUAUCGCUUCUGAGGAUAUGGAUUUAACCACUGAAAUCAUAUUAAUUACUUUUAUGCUACCUUUAUAUUUUUUUAAGACCUUCAAAUUUCUGGUCACCAUUCACUUACAUUGUAUAGACCUACAGAGCAGAAAUAUUAUUCUAAAAAUCUAUAUUUGUGUUCUGCUGAAGAAAGAAAGUCAUACACAUCUGGGAUGGCAUGAGGGAGAAUAAAUUAUGAGAAUUUUCAUUUUUGGGUGAAUUAUCCCUUUAACAAUGAUUAAUACAUGCUGUAUAAAAUACAUUGUUCAUUGUUAGUUAAUGACAGCUAAUGCAUUAACUAAUGUUAAUGAAUGGAACCUUAUUGUAAAGUGUUACCACUUAAUUACACAUUUUCUUUUAGGGCAUUCACUCUGAUUGCGAUUUUUGUAGUAAUGAAGCGUGAGUUUGCGAUUUCAGGUGAAAUGAGCAACAGAGACCAUCAACAACGUGUCAAAGUUGAGUAAAGUUAAACUUUAUGCAAAUAUGUUAUACCAAUGAGUGCAGACUAUGAUGCUCACUUGAUCUUCCUUGUUAAACAGUUAGAUACUGUUGUCAGGUAGGACUUGGCAACAUCCAGAAAAUGUAAUUGCUAUCAGGAUGAACUUAUCUUUAGGUUUGUUAAUGCAGUUUAUUCUAGACAUUAAUCAAUGAAUGAUGGUUAGUGAAAUUCAACUUGUUUUAGAGUCUUGUACUCUACCUUGUAUUUGUAAGUCAUGCCAAAAGUUAACAAGUGAAAUAUGUUACCAACAAUAUUUCUUAUUUCAUGCAGUAUUAGUGUUUCUUUCUCUCUAAAUGAGUUAAGGAACAGUGGAACUAAAGAUGUAAUGGAAUCCAAGACAUUUCUACUCCUCUUAUCUUGAUUGCUGGUUUGUCAAAUGUUCCAAAAAAUGACAAACAUCUACUCAUCUGGCAGAUGCUUUUAUCCAAAGUGACUUGAAGUGCAUUCAAGGUAUAUAAAUUAUCAGAAUGUGUGUUCCCUGGGCUUUGAAGCCAUGACCUUGAUGAUGCAUACCCAUGCUUUACCAGUUGAGCUGCAGGAACUACAGUAGCCAGCUAUUUUGAGCAAACAGGUUAAGUGAACUAAAAUGAAUUUGUCAGAAUAUCCUGUUUAGGACAUUGCCUCAGGUUUUUAAGGCCAGAGGAAACACAUUUCCUUCUGGAGAUUCUAAAGGCUGUAUUAGCAAGGCAAUGUGCCUGUGUAUGUAAUUGGUUUUAGGGUAUUCAAGACUUAGGAAUAUUCCAGGUUCAGUACAAGUUCAGUUCAAUUGACAGCAUUUGUGGCAGUGUUGAUUACAAAAAAAAACAACAAAUAAAUUUACUUGUCCCUCCUUUUCUCUGGGUUACAGUGAGGCACUUACAAUGGAAGUGAAUGGGGGCCAAUCUGUAAAUGUUAAAAUACUCACUGUUUCAAAAGUAUAGCCACAAAAUGUAAACAAUAUGCAUGUUAACCUGAUUUUAGUUUAAUUUAAAUCACUUACAAACCUUUUCGGUGUAAAGUUAUAACCUGUUUUACAACUUCAUUGCCAUGUGGACAACAAAUCCUAAAACAACUCUUAAAAUUAUUAUUCAAACAACUUUACAGCUCAAAUAAUACAUACAUUUUAAAAGCAUUAAUGUGCUUUUAUAAAAUUAUAUGCUUCUUAUUUAUGCCUUUAAACCCUCCAAAAAGUGGCCCAUUUACUUCCAUUGUAAGCGCUGAAAUGUAACCUAGAUUUUCAGAUUUUUUAUAGAAAAGGAUGUACGAGUCGAUAUUUAGUAUUAAAAAAUGUUGUCGAUUGAGCUUAACUUGUAUUGAAACUUUGGUUGAUUUUAAUCAAAAACAAAAUCCCUAUAUUUCAUAAUACUCUUUACAUACAUACAUAAUUUUGGCCUCAUAAAUGUGGCACAUCUGAAAGUAAUGUUUAAUGUAGUUAUGCUUAAAACUUAUGUUUAAAGCAUCCAUUUCCCCUGUCAUUGUUGUGUCUCCUCUUCUAUCAUCUGUGAAAGGUGCCAUUGAAUUUCCCAGUCACUAUUAUUGAACACUUGAGAAUCUUCCCUGCCUAGCUUUACUUGUGUUUGUUUAUAAAUGUAUGUGUCUAAUUGUCUACACUAACUCAAGCCAUUAAAAGGAAACUAACACCCUCAGUAAUCUACUGUCCAUAUCCUCGUAACAAAGAGAAAGGAGUCCUGUUUUGAGCAUGAUAUAUUCUUUUGUAUGUAAAUAUGAUCGCACUGUUGAACAAACAGCUUUGCUUUAUAUUUUUUACUAAAUGCCAAAAGUAUUUAUUUAGCUAGAGAUUAUUUUGGUGCUAUUUUUGGAGGAAAAAAGUUCAAAAGAAGUUAUUAUUUUUGUCCGAUUUUUUGAUAAUGCUGCCGGCAAAUUAGGAAUGCAUUUCAUUGUGACAUUUAGGAGUUUAAUGUCUUGUGUACUGUACUGUUACACAUGAACAUGGAAGUGCACACACCACAAGGAAAACACAAAUUGUUUAAACGUUUGUAUAUAACUGACCUUUUACAAUGACUUUGCAUUUUACGAUCAGGUUCAAUUCUUACUGUGUAUUAAAUGUCUAAUAAAGGCUGUGCUCUUUGUACUAACU